AUUUGUGCUUACCUUUUGGCGAUUUUCCCCUCUCUUUAGCUUUCCUUGCCGUUUGCUUUCUUCUCCCGCCUACCGCUUCCCAUUUCAUUCUAUUCUGUUAUUCAAUAACUUUCGGUGUGCCAGGCUGUGCCUUCACCUCGCGUAUUUCCAUCUCCACUAGUAUCCACUCCAUCCCGAGCUCUUUCCAUCUCAACAACCAACCCAGACUCUCGCUUGCAGAGCUUUUUCUCACUUUUCACCUCUACUUUUCAGAACAUCAAACAAUGAAGCUCACCAGCGCUUUCGCCAUCCUCGCGGCCACCAUUGCCUCUGCCAGCGCGCAGAGCGCCGGGGCCACCAUCGGUCAGGAUCUUUGCUGCGCCACCAACCAAGAGCGCGCCCAGGCUGGCCUUCCGGCCCUCAAGUGGACCCCAGCCUUGGACUUGAGCUCGCAGAGACACUGCGACUACCAGCGGAGUACCGGCAAAAUGGACCACUUCGAGGCUGCCGGGUCUGCGACAUACGGCCUGGGCGGACGUUUGAGCCUUGCUGGCUUUGAAUUCAGCACUGCUGGUGAGAACCUCGGCAAGAAGUUCACCAGCGUUUCGGGUGUGACUACCGCAUGGAUGAACUCGCCUGGACACAAGGCCAACAUCAUGGGCAAGGCCUUUACCGUCUGCGGUGGUGCUGUUGCCAGCCCCGGCGGCUACUACACCAUCAACUACGCCUCGCCCAUGGACAGCGAUGACAGCUCUAAGUACUACACCCUGCAGUGCAGCGGUCCCAAGUCCAACGGCGCUUAUGUCGGUGCUGCCCCCGUUGCUCACAACGCGAAGCCCACCAGCUCUGCCGCCCCCGUUGUUGUGAUCCCCGCUUCGACCAGCUAUGCUGUCGCUAAGCCUACCGUUGUUGCCAGGCCUGUUGUUGUCAAGCCCGUUGCCACCACCCCCGCUGCCGUUAAGCCUGUCGUUGUCGUUAAGCCUACUGCCACCACUCCCGCCGCCGCCAAGCCCGUUUCCACCACCCCCGUUGCCGCCAAGCCCGUUGCCACCACCCCCGCCGCUGUUAACCCUGUCACUACCACCCCUGUUGUCGUUGUCAAGCCCGCCCCCAACACCGUCAUCCCCGUCGGCAAGUGCAAGCGCGUGCCCAAGGGCUCGAUCGCCGCUGGCAAGUGCAAGGCCUGCAAGAAGUGCAGCACCAACAGCUCCCCCUUCCGCCGUUAAAUACCAGCACUACCCCUCUUUUAUAACUCCAGCCUUUAGUUUCCAGGCUUGGUCGUAGUUAUGACAACAUACCCUGCAAUUCCCGCUCACGCACUCACACCCCAGCCUUUUCGAUUUAUUUGUUUCCUUCUUUAUACUAUCUGCUUUACUAAUUAUUCUCAUUUGUAUCGCUUCAAAAUUGUGAAUUUUCAUCGCAAAAGAAUCCUAAAGGUGGUGAUGCAUUGAACAUACAAGAAGCGUGUAUUAGUCGCAUUUUCUAUUUCCAAUGUCAUUUUUAUGUAGUGUUUGUUUUUGCUGUUAUUUAUUUAUUUAAAUCGAAUAAAUAAAAAAUGUUUAUUAAACCCGAAAAAAAGAC